CUAAAUAAUAACUAUUCUUAAAGAAUUUUUUGGCAAAUCGCAAUAUUAUUAUUUAAAGUUCUUUAGUAAUAUACUAUUAAUUAUUUUCAGGUAUCUUAUUCAGAUCUCUUAGUGGUCUAUACAUUGUGAACGUUCUUUAAGUAUUAUGAAGUUAUAGAGUUAGAUAAUUUCAUUCCAAAUACUUUUUAUAUUUUGUUGAAAUUUUAAAAAGGAUUUAAAAAUGUCAACUAUACUUGAAAAAAUUGCGGCCAUUGAAGCUGAGAUGGCCAGAACCCAAAAAAAUAAAGCUACAGCUGGUCAUUUGGGUUUAUUAAAAGCGCGAAUUGCUAAGUUACGUCGUGAGCUUAUUACACCUAAAGGUGGUGGUGGUGGUACUGGAGAAGGAUUUGAUGUUGCUAAAACUGGUGAUGCAAGAAUUGGAUUUGUAGGUUUUCCAUCUGUUGGAAAAUCAACUUUGUUAAGCAAUCUUGCUGGUGUAUAUUCAGAAGUUGCUGCUUAUGAAUUUACAACAUUGACAACUGUUCCUGGUUGUAUCAAGUACAAAGGCGCGAAAAUACAGUUGCUAGAUUUGCCUGGUAUCAUUGAAGGUGCUAAGGAUGGUAAAGGUCGAGGUCGUCAAGUUAUUGCUGUAGCCCGUACUUGUUCUUUAAUUUUUAUUGUACUAGAUGUGCUAAAACCUUUAAAACAUAAGAAAUUAAUUGAACACGAAUUAGAAGGAUUUGGUCUUAGACUAAAUAAGUCUCCUCCUAAUAUAGUUUUUCGUAGAAAAGAUAAAGGUGGCAUUAACUUACAAACAAUGGUACCUCAAAGUGAGUUAGAUUUAGAUACUGUUAAAACUAUUUUGUCAGAAUAUCGAAUUCAUAAUGCUGAUAUAACUUUGCGAUAUGAUGCUACCUCUGAUGAUCUUAUUGAUGUUGUGGAAGGAAAUCGUAUAUAUUUGCCUUGUAUUUACAUUCUAAAUAAAAUAGAUCAAAUAAGUAUUGAAGAAUUAGAUAUUAUUUACAAAAUACCACAUACAGUACCUAUAAGUGCUCAUCAUAAAUGGAACUUUGAUGAUCUUUUAGAGAAGAUGUGGGAGUAUUUAAAAUUAGUUCGAAUUUACACCAAACCUAAAGGUCAACUUCCAGAUUAUGGAUCACCCAUUGUUUUACAUAAUGAAAGAAAAAGUAUUGAAGAUUUUUGCAACAAACUUCAUCGUACAAUAGCUAAAGAGUUUAAAUAUGCUCUUGUUUGGGGUUCAUCUGUGAAACACAUGCCCCAAAAAGUUGGAAAAGAUCAUAUUUUAAAUGAUGAAGAUGUUGUACAAAUUGUGAAAAAAGUAUAAUAUAAACAAUGAAUUAAAAAAAUGUUUAUAAAUA